AUGUUUUAUGUGUUAUUCGAGUGUGAAACGGUUUAUUCGGAGGAAGCUCCGAAAGAUCAUACAAUGAUCUCUUCUAUUGCAUAUCAGAUCAUUUCAGUGGAAACGUUAAAACCGAUCUGGGAAGAAGCCAGAAGACAUUCUAUUGAUGCUACCCAUUCAUUAAAAAACACCAUUCAAAGUAUGGAGAAUGCUGUCAUGGAAAACGUUGCUGGUGAAGAGUUCGUAUUGUGUUCAUUGAAUUCUACCUGGGAUCUAAGAGUCACAUUGUCUAGGCAAGCAAGAGAUGAGAGUUGGUUGUUGCCAUCGUUUUUGCAACAUCCUAAAGUAUUUGAUUUAUGGAGGGAAGUGGAUAGGUGGUACCGUAAUCAUCCAGAACAGUACGAAAAAGGUACAGAUCGAGGAGGUGGUAAUGUUGCCAAUACCAACACCACAACCCAAAGGAAUAAACACAAACUCGUAAAAAGUAUUGAUGCAUUAUUGGUUUUUCUGAAUAUAGAUCUUGAUAACAAGUCAACAACGGAUCAGCGUAUGGAGCAAGUAAACAUCGAUAAGAAUUCGUUCGAAACAUUGCCGUCAAUCCAACAGUGUGAGAAAGUUCUAUUCAAAUUGCAUAGGAAUUGUACAAGUGAUAAUGACCAAACCUUAGUGUUGACGCAUCCGUUCGAUUCAUACCUUGACAUUAAGAAUUUCCUACUGGAGAAAUCUACAGUGUUGUACAUGAACAAUCUACCGCCAGAUACUACCCAAUCAGAGUUGGAAUCAUGGUUUGCACAAUUUGGCAGUCGUCCAGUCGGGUUCUGGACAGUAAAGAACGUCGUUGAAGAUACAUCAAACGUGAACAACAAUUGGUCCACAAAUAAUAACCUUUACGUUGACGAACAGGAUUCAAUCUCAGGUUUCGUAGUAUAUCAGGCACACGAAGAAGCCUUGGAUUCACUUACGUUGAACGGGCGGAGCAUCCUUUCCAAUAUGUCCAACACCAAACAGCCAAGAGUGGUGGAACAUGUUGUUGAGAUUCAACCUUCAAGUAAUUCGGUGCUUGAUAGAGCACAAGAGAUAUUGACUGCUUUCCCUCAAUCGAAAAAUAAACCAAGGCCUGGGGAUUGGACUUGUCCCUCUUGCUCGUUCUCCAACUUCCAAAGACGUACUGCAUGUUUCCGUUGUUCUUUCCCAAUGUCAAGUGCUCUUCAAAUGAGUAAUGGAAACAACUAUAAUAAAAACAGUGUUCAUGGGUACAAAGCUAGAACGUCCACCCCACAAACAGCGGACUAUAAUGAUAAUAUACAGAACCAGCAGCAACAGCAGUUUGUUCUAAAUUCACUUUCUGGUCAAUUAACAUCUGCAUCUGCGCAAGAUCUUACUCAAAAGAUGAAGCUACAAAUGUCAGAUACCGCAAACCGUCGGUUCAACUAUCCAAACCGUGGCCCACAACUACAAAACCAGCAUCAGCAAUCACACCAGCAUAUACAAAACCAGGCGCAACAACAGGGACCCAUGUCCAACGGGAGCAACGUACCAUUCAGAGCUGGUGAUUGGAAGUGUGCGAACUGUACAUACCAUAAUUUUGCAAAAAACGUCGUUUGCUUACGUUGUGGUGGUCCAAAGACAGCCAAUGUUUCUGCCAACAGUAAUAAUGCUACUGUUACGAAUGCUACAUCAAAUGCUGCUACGUCAAACAAACUUGUAUCUCACGAUGAUAUGUCUGUGACACCGUCACUACAAAAUUCAUCUAUAUAUCAUCAAAAUGGACGGAUAAACGUUCACAACAUGUCUGAUGUGAAUACGACAGGAUACGUAUCAGGCCAAGUGCCUUCGUUCAGCGGGGUUGGACUUUCAUUGAAUGGCAGAAGUUCCAGCGAACCUAACUGGAGCAGUAAUGUCACUGGAAGGGUUUAA